AUGGCCCAGAAGCCGAUCAGCACCGCGGCGGCCGAGCGCAUGAACUUCGUGGCUCAGGACGAGAUAUGGAAAUGCCGCCUGAAGGCUGAAACCGAAGCACGGAAGAACUGGGCCCAGAACUGGGGGUUCUUAACCACGCCCCUUGAGGAGUUGAUCAAGCGUAAAGAGGAGCCCCCGGUCCCAAAGCCCAAAAUUGAGCUACCUGAGCGUUUCCGUAUCCGGCCUGUGACCCCGGUGGAAAAAUACAUCCAGGUCCUCCCGUCUCCCCCAGUCCCCAAGACGGCCCAGGGCUUCAUCGGCUGGAGAUCAGGGCAGCCGGGCCUCAACAGGUGCCUGGAGCACGACCUCGAGAUCCGGAGCUGCAAAGGGGCCUACGCCAAGGAGCUGGGCUGGCCCAAGCAGGGCAUCCACUGA